UCACACUUGCACACAGCUGUUCAUUUGUCUAAUUGGACAACGUAUGAAUGUUUACAAUUUAACAAAGUGAUAAAACUCUACAGUCAACUUGAUCUUAGUAAUAGUAGAACUGAAAUGUUUAUAUUAUGGAAUAAUAUAGGACGACAUAAACAAAAGCAAAAACAACAUGGAACCCAUGCAAUGUGACGAAUCGGCGCGUGCCGCAAUUUUGGAGUUGUUCAAAAAGCGCGCAUUGUUUGUGCCCAAUGUGGAGAAUUUAUCGUUGGCUCAGCUGCAGCAAAUUUACGAUGGAUUUGCGGUGCCGCAGCCACGUCGCGAGCGUCGUGAACGAUCACGACAUGAUGUUCUCGAUGAAAAACUGCCGGUGGAAAUGGAGAAUUUAAUGCAACGAAUCAAAGUCGUCUAUGUGGUGGGAGAAAAGCGUUCUCCUUCAUCGUCCUCGCCUUUUCAUAGCAGCGAGCCAAAGCGUUUGAAACGCAACGAGAGGAAAGAUGUUGGCAUGUGAUGUAGCUGACAGUAGCUGGUUGCUAUGACACGUGAGCAACCGAAAAAAACGACGGCAAAAUUACCCCACCAUAAAGAGCGAGAUGGCAUGAGCUAUGGACCAAAAAUUGUAUUUUUAUUUUUAUUAUUAUAUAAAUAAGAUUUGUUAAGACUGAAAUAUGCGAACUUGAAACGUAAUCUUUCAAGUCAGAGAUCAGCGCUGUUUUUUAUCAGUUGAAAGGAGAAUUGAAAAUUUGUCUUUGAAAAAUCAGUAGUUCAGCUUAAUAUUUAUUAUAUAUAAUAUUUAAAUGUGUAGAAACAGUAGUUGUUGCUUUUUACAAAUGAGUCGAAAACGGAGACCAGAACAUUAAGUUUAUUUUUUUGUAAACCUGAAGAAACUUACGAGCUAGAAUAUAGUCUUAAGUACGAUCGAUCAUUUUUGGCUUGGACUAGGACACAAAACAGAAAAAGAACAAAAAAACGCCCGAAGAGUUUUUUUUUAUGUUAAUGAAUAGUCAUUUGCAUCAUUAGCUUAUCCACUAAAUGAGUCUUAAA